GCGCCAGCCACCAGCUCGGCGUUCUACGAUUCAGCGCUGCUCGGAUGCCAUCUACCCGGAGACACAGCGUUGGGUCCCACAGGUCGAGGGCUGCCAUCCCGACGUGCACAUGCCUCCCAGAGACCAGGAGGGAGCCUCGGCUGCCACCUGCGCUUCCGGCCACCUGGCUGCAGAUCGGAGGUUCCCACGACCUCGUCCUUGAUGGUUCAUUUCCCAGAGUGGCUCACGGAACUCAGAGAAAACAGUUUCGUUCCUAGGUCACCGGUUUGUUGUGAAAGGAUGUAUGUAGCUCAAGAACAGCCAUAGGGAAGGGUGGGGUGCAUGGGGCCAGGCACGGCGAAGCGGUCGGGGCUUCCACGCCCUCCAGGCGCUCGCCAACUUGCAAGAUCUCCGAGCUGCAUCCUGUUGGGCUUUACGGAGCUUCACUGCAUCGGCAUGAUUGACUAAAGCGUUGGCCACUGGUGACCCGGUCACCCUCCAGCCCCUCUCCUCUCCUUUCGGUCAGGGGUGGGACCGAAACUUCCAGUCUUUUAUUCACAUUGGUUCCUGCAGCCACCAGCACCCCAUCCUCAGGUGUUCUCCAAAAGCCACCUCAUCAGUAUAAACCCAGUUGUGGCGGAAAAAGUUUUGUUAUAAAUAACAAGACACCCAUCUCACUUUGCGGCUCAGGAACUGAAGACAAGAGACCCAGUAUUAUUACAACCGAUGAUCCUAUCGCUGUUCUCUCUCUCUGGAGAGUGCAAGGGUUUUAGAAGCUGCGUGCCACAAACAGGGAGAGGACCAAAUAUAUAUUUAUGGUUCAAAAUGACAGUUUCACAGCAGGGCUAAGGGAAACUAAGAAAGGAUGGUGGUACCCCUGGAAGGAGCAACAGGGAGGAACGCCUCACCUCUCGCUUAAAGGAGCACAGCGAUGGAGCUGGUGGCGCGAGUUGGAACGUGCCUCGGGGGUGCGGCAGAAGAAUCCAACCAGCGUGCAAGGGUGCAGGGGAAGGAGGAGCUCGGAAAAACAAUAUUCCCGGCUCUCUCUCCUCCUGCCCUCUUCUCUCCUUCCCCCGGUCAAACCCAGUUGGAAGACCGAGCGAAGGGAGGCCGAGUAACGAGGCUCGUGCUGGCAACCUCCUAGUGCACAGAGAGGGUGGCAAAGGCUGGAUGCCAGAUCUUUCACAAUCACCCAAAGUGAAUCGUUAUAUGUUCUUUAAAGUUGGAGAGGCAGCCACACCCUGUCGGACCAUUCCUUAGACUGGGCAUUUGCGCCCUGGGGUUAUGAAGUAAGAUGGCAGUUGGUGCCCCGUCAUCACCUGGUUUCCCCCGUUGGACACGGGCACCACGUCCAAGUUCAUUUUCCAAGGCACGUCAGUAGGUCCACCCUGGGCAUGUACUAUUGCAAUGACUCAAAGAGAGAGAGAACCGCGAUUAUGCAAACCCCCAGCCAACACCCCCAGGCUUCUGUCUCACCCACUCACAACCCUCCUUGAGAAACUGGGACUCAAGAUAAGAAGCCACCCUACUUCCUUUUUUCCUGAGCUCAGAAAAGCUGCUAACGCUGCGUGAGAGGCAAAGACUCCCCUCUCGUGGGAACCCUUGCUGCAUCCCACGUGAGAGUCCUCGGAUUGCUGCGGCUGCAACUCAGUGCUAUGGGAAGCAGGUGCCUUCCCCUGCUCUCAGGGCUCAGUGUCCUGCUGGUUCUGUCAGGAUCGGAUGCACAGAAUUCCAGAGGAGCUUUCUGUUCUCGGUGCCCCAAAAAUGCCAAGUGCUCUAACAGCACCCACUGCACCUGUAAAGAUGGAUUUCAGUCCCUGUCUAAGAGGAGGUACUUCACCGAGCCUUCUGAGAGAUGUGAAGAUAUUGAUGAAUGUGAGGCCGGGUUCUCAAAGUGCAAGAAGGUAUCAUACUGUGUAAAUGAGAUUGGAAGUUACUACUGCAGUUGUGUCCCACAUCUUUAUUUCUUAAACUGGGUGGCUGGUUUCAUUAAAUUGAACCAUCCAGCGUGUUAUGAGGACACUGGUGAGAAGCCCCAGUCACCAACAUUCACCUGGGUAACUCUGGGGAACGGAAGCAAGAAGGACAUUGCGAGAGAGGCUACCCAGCUAUUGCAAAGAAUAGAAUGGGCCGUAUGGAACGAGAGUUUUGCCUCUCCGGGAAAGCGUGAAAAAUCUGACUUUGAUAUUGUCUAUGAAACCAAGAGGUGCGAUGAGAUGAGUGAAAAGAUUAUUCUGGAAGCUGGAAACAACACCAUGGAUAUCAACUGUACUGAUGCUUUCAAGGGAUCCGCAAGAGCUGGGCAUGCAGCCACCCUUAUCACACACAGAUCUCUUGGCAAUGUCCUGAAUGGAUCUUUUUUUAGUGGUAGAAGAGGGACACAGCAAGUAAAACUGAAUUCUCAUGUCGUGAGUGGCACCAUUGGUGUGAAGGGAAAGGUGUAUCUGUCCAAACCUGUGCUCCUGACCUUCCAACAUACUCAGCCUGGUGGUGGGAGAACAAAACAUAUCUGCGUCCACUGGGAAGGAACGGAGAAGGGAGACGGCUGGUCGACGGAGGGCUGCUCUCACGUCGGCAGCGACAGUUCUUAUACCAGAUGUAAAUGCUCCCACCUCUCCAGCUUUGCUGUCCUCCUGGCUGUUUCUCCCAAGGUGGAUUCUGUCCUGACUGUCAUCACCAACGUGGGACUGAGCCUCUCUCUGCUGUGCCUCCUCCUGGCGGCCCUCACCUUCCUCCUGUGCCGAUCCAUCCAGAACACCAGCACUACCCUCCACCUGCACCUCUCCAUCUGCCUCUUCCUGGCCCACCUCCUCUUCCUCGUGGGGAUGGAUCAGACAGAGCCUGCGGUGUUGUGCGCCAUCAUCGCAGGGGCGCUGCACUACCUCUACCUGGCCGCCUUCACCUGGAUGUUCCUGGAAGGGCUGCAUCUCUUCCUCACUGUCCGGAAUCUCAAGGUGGCCAACUACACCAGCGCAGGCAGAUUCAAGAAGGCGUUCAUGUACCCAUUAGGCUAUGGGAUUCCAGCUCUGAUCGUGUCUGUGUCUGCAAUAAUAGGACCCCAAAAUUAUGGAACAUAUACUCACUGCUGGUUGAAGAUUGAGAAAGGGUUCAUCUGGAGCUUCAUGGGGCCAGUGGCCAUCAUUAUUUUGAUAAACUUGGUGUUCUACUUCCAAAUUCUGUGGAUUUUGAGAAGCAAACUUUCGUCCCUUAAUAAGGAAGUGUCCACCAUUCAAGACACCAGAGUCAUGACGUUUAAAGCCAUUGCUCAGCUGUUUGUCCUGGGCUGCUCUUGGGGUCUCGGUUUUUUUAUGGUUGAAGGCAUCGGGGAGAUGAUUGGCUCAGUCAUUGCCUACAUAUUCACCAUUAUCAAUGUUCUGCAAGGGGUUUUGCUCUUUGUGGUGCACUGUCUCCUGAAUCGCCAGGUGCGGAUGGAAUACCGGAAGUGGCUUAGCGGGAUGCGGAAAGGAGUUGAAACUGAAAUCACUGAGGUGUCUCACUCGACGACCCACACCAAAACGUAGGAGCAACCAGGGAGGUCAUCCCAGUUCCUGCAUCGGAGAGACGCUCCGUCCGUGCAACCCCAGCCUGGGGCUCAUCUUGUCACUGUUUUUUGGCAAAGAACGAAAACCUGAGCGGCUGUUGGACAGCGCCCCCUGUGGUCACCCGUGGAUCGGACAAACGCAGCCAUAUGUAGCUUUCCGGGGAAGAUGCGUUCAUUCUUUCGUUUUGGAUUCUAUCCCCAUAAAAAGAAAGGGGCACGUGGGAGCAUUCUGCGACCCCAGAUCGCGGAUUGUAUGCUACGUGCAAUUACAUGCUCAAGGAACCCUUUUUCGUGACAGGGGAUGUAAGUGGAUUUUCUUCCUCCAGCCCUUGCCUAGGACUUACUAGCAGAUAUCUGGUUUCUGCUCAAAGAUGUUUCUGGACUGUAUUGCAUUUUAUGCUCCCGAAGAUCUUGCAUCACUCAACAGCAGCAUAAUUCAAUGCUUCCCAUAUGAAUAAAUAUUUCUCAAGGGGGAUUGCAUUCUUGCAAUGUAGAAUAACCACCUUCCUGCUGAGGAGUGCCUAGACACUGUGCUCAGUUGACCAGCAUGUUGUGUGUGUGAAGACUUUUCAAACCUAUUUGUGUACCUGGGUUAAUUUUGUUUUCUUAGCAGCAUCUCAAAUGUAUCCCAGUGUAAACGCUCCCAAAGAAACAGCAUGGCACGUCCCAGCAACGGUUUGACCCUCUUUGUCUGGUUUUACCAUUUCUAAUUUCUUUUCCAACGUUAUGAGAUUUUAGGCGUGUUUUUCAGCACCAGACUUAAUAAACGCAUGGAUACUUUUGUCACCAAUGUUUUAAAAACAACUAUGACAGCAGCAAAUGUAAAUAGCAGUCAAUAGCAGCCGAGAGUCACCAUAUUUCAUUUGAACAGAUUUCACAUGUGCUGGACAAAGGAUGGCUCCCUUUCCUGCCUCAUUAGCUCAAAGGUCCCUUCCACAUGGCAGUGUGUGCGAUUCACUCCACUUGCUGGCUUUGAAAUGAUGUGCUUCCUCUUGUAAAGUUAAAAUGUAGGAGAUUCACCUGGUCUAAAUAUUAGUUCAUAACUGACUACAAAACAGCCAUAGUAGCUAUAGGUCUAGGAGGCAAUUGAAAGCAACACAAUGGGGAAACAGUAGCAUCACAGUGUGCAUUUGAUGGCUGGACCAGACCCCAUCCAAUUUUCAGGAGUGAAAACUUCAUAAUAUUAAAAAAGUUGCUAAAAUUUGACCUUGCACUUUAGUUACAAAGACCUAGGUAAUGACUAAAUUCGACCUCGAGUUUCCUCUGAACCACUCCGGGACCAGGUAUCCUAAAACGUCAGAAACAGCAGGAAAAUCCAAUGGAAGCAAACCAUAGUAAAGAUGUGAAGAAAACUUUAUGGGUUAAGUACUAUUAUUGGUUAUUAUUGAGUGCUUAAUAAAAUGUAUUCUAAACA